UUUAUUUCUAUAUAUAAUACUAUAUCAACGUAUGAAUGACAAAUCCCUCUACAUAUAUAUCUCUCUACGUAAAAAGCUUCCAAACCAUUACAAUGGCGGACUCAAAAGAGAAAUCGUAUUCCGAAAUAAUUGAGAAAUUGCCAAAAGCGCGUUUCUGGGAAGCCCAAGACAUCUACCACUGGGAAGGCUUCUGGUUCUGGAGAGACGUUCUGAAACUGGUUAUGACCUUCCGCGACAACUUCCUCGCCCGAAACGACGACGUUUUGCUCGCCUCCCCCAUGAAGACAGGCACCACAUGGCUCAAGUCCCUCGCCGUCUGCAUCCUCCCCGACGGCCGUACCGGCGACGCAACCGCCGCCGAAAAUCCUCAUUCCCUCCUCCCCACCGUCGAGGCUUCGCAUUUCGCCAUCAAACCCUACGAGAUCGACAUCUACGACGCGUCCGCUCCGCGAUUGAUUCACACGCACAUCCCCUACUCUCUCCUCCCCGAUUCGAUCAAGAGCUCCUCGUCUUCCACAAAAAUCGUGUACAUCGCUCGAAACCCUAAGGACACGUUCAUCUCCAUGUGGCAUUUUUACAACUCCGCUUUGUGUCCGAUUCCUCUCGAGAAAGCCUUCGAUUGCUUCUGCUCCGGGGUCUAUAAUUCCGGACCGUUAUUCGACCACAUGGCAGAGUAUUGGAUCGAGAGCCAGAAACGGCCUGAGAAGAUCCUGUUUAUGAAGUACGAGGAGCUGAAGAGCAAUCCGAAAGUACAAAUAUCUAAAAUGGCGGAAUUUUUGGGAAAGCCGUUGGCGAGAGAGGAUGAGGUGGAGAAGAUUCUAUGGAGAUGCAGUUUGGAGAGAUUAAGGAACCUCGAGGUGAAUAAGAAUGGGAAAGAUUUUGUUAACGUGUCGAAUAGGAGCUUCUUUAGGAAAGGGGAAGUCGGGGAUUAUAAGAACUAUUUGACGCCGGAGAUGGAGGAGAAGAUCGACCAAAUGUCGCGCGAAAAGCUCGAGGCUAUUGGGCUCUUUCUUUGAUUCGGAAAUUCCGUUCGUGGCUAAGUCGUUAUGAUCAAUUAUUACUCUUGUUCGAGAUAUUUUCUCAAUUAUAUUUAUGUCUUAUAAUGUGUGAUCAAAAUAUAAUAACAUGCAACAACAACUGCGUAAGGUUUAAUAUAGUUGUGUUAAAUAAAACAUCUAAUGUCCGUUUAUAUUUGUA